AUGUCUGACUGCGACUUUGCAGCCGGUUGGUUUAGUGGUCCGAAUGCUGAAGCACCCCUAAUGCCUCAUGUUCCUAUCACUCGGAGUCCUCAGCACCCUCACGUUCCAUCCUCAGUUCGAUUCUUCAAUUAUUACUCGGGAAAUGGAUUCACUGCACCACCAUUUCCUGCCCAAGUGAACCAAUUACCAUUCGGGACUAAAUAUUCCUUUUUUCCUCAAGUUAGCAACAACUAUCGCGCACCGUACUCGUUUCAAUAUGAACAAACAGACCCUGUCGAAUGGCCAGCAAGACUUGGUGUCACAAACACAAGCGCGGAUGUCAGUGAAGAGAUUAUCAGCGGAAAGGGCAGCAGUGUGGACUUGUCCGGUGUCCAUGCAGCAGUAUAUCAAAAAGCAAAUCAACUUCAGCAACAGCAGGAACGGGACACCCAGCAUCAGGGCCAGCGGCAGCCAAAAAAACAGCGCACUGCGUUCACCAGACAACAGCUGGAGGCACUGGAGGGGGAGUUUCGUGCACAUGCCUACCUUACCCGUCUGCGUCGCUACGAGGUGGCUGUUGCCCUCGGACUGUCCGAGCGCCAGGUAAUUAGGACUUUGGGCCUAGGGGAAGGGGUGGAGGAUUUUCUACUGUAA